AUGUCACUCGAGUGGCUGCCCACGGAGCUCAUUCUCAUGAUUGAGAGCAACAUUGAGUCCAAGAAGGACCUCAAUGCCCUCAUUUGCACGAACACACGUUUUUUCCUGAUGUUUGAAGACAAACUCUACAAAACAAACACGGCAAAGGAACACGCCGCCAUUAUUUUAUGGGCAGCUAAACGAGGCCUCUCUGGAACCAUCCUCAAGUGCCUCACGGCCGGUGCCACAGUUCCGCUGCUAGAUCGAUUCAAAUCUCAUUUGAAAGAUCGCAAUGCUCCCGAGUCCAUUACUGUGCUCCCACGAUACCCAAAGCCACACCCUUUGACUGUAGCGGCCGAAAUUGGCUCGAUGCCUUGUGUCCGUCUUCUCAUCCGCCAAGGUGUCAAUCCAAACUUUCUCGACGAUAACUACGAAACCCCGAUGCGACAGGCCGCCGGAAAUGGUCACGUCAAGGUGGUCAAGUUCCUACUCAAGGAUGCUGAUGCAUUCACGGGUGAAUUCAAGCUGCGACGGCCACUCAAGCUUGCUGCAGCUCGGGGUCAUUUAGAAGUUCUCAAGGUUCUGUUCUCCUUCCUUGACGAAGCUCCUCGACUCCUUACCGUCAAAGAUGCUGCACAGAUCAUCAUGUACGAGGGACUUUGGCACUGCCACGAGGAUGUUGUCAAAUUUGCACUUAGCAAAGGUGCCGAUGUGAACGACGAAAGUCCAAAACCCACGUUGCGGUUUAUCUCGGAUUUACGUUCAGACGAACACCCUUACCGACAACCAUUCAAGCUCACCCAAAAGCACAAGACCAUACAGAUGAUUGACGGAGUUGAGACCCCUGGCUGGGUUUGCGAAAUACCAAAUCCCCUGUACGCUGCACUCCUCAGUCGUAACGAAAGGAUUCUCCUGUUGAUGUUUGACUAUGGCUGUGAUCUUCAACAGCUCGGUCCUGAGGCCUUACGAUAUGCAAUCCUAAAGAAAGACCACGUACUUAUUUCUAGGUUGUUGCGUAUGGGGAUGAUCUUCACCCCCAGAUCCUUUAGCGGGGGCUUUGAGCAGCAAAGUCAAAAGUGGGAGAACUUGAUGAUGAGCAACAUGAACGAACUGGGAUUCAGGGCUUGA